CCCUGCCCGUCGAUUCCGCUUCCACGGCCUGUUCCCCUUCCUGCGGAGGCGGCCGCGAUGUCGGCGCUGGCGGCGAACCCCAACAACCCGGUGGUUUUCUUCGAUGUCACCAUCGGCGGGCAGGAGGUCGGCCGCAUGAAGAUCGAGCUGUUUGCCGAUGUCGUACCCAAAACGGCGGAGAACUUCAGGCAGUUUUGUACAGGGGAAUUCAGGAAAGAUGGUGUCCCUAUAGGUUAUAAAGGAAGCACUUUCCACAGGGUAAUAAAGGAUUUCAUGAUCCAAGGAGGUGACUUCGUAAAUGGAGAUGGCACUGGAGUAGCCAGUAUAUACAGGGGUCCUUUUGCAGAUGAAAACUUCAAGCUGAAACACUCUGCUCCUGGCCUGCUCUCUAUGGCAAACAGUGGCCCAAGUACCAAUGGCUGCCAGUUCUUCAUCACGUGUUCCAAGUGUGACUGGCUGGAUGGGAAGCACGUUGUGUUUGGUAAAAUUGUCGAUGGGCUGUUGGUCAUGAGAAAAAUUGAAGAUACCAGGGAAUACCAGUGUUGAUAACUGGUAUUAUCAGUUGUCAUCGUUGUAAGGUGGCAGGAAAUCUGGUGAAGCACAGGCUGUGUGGGCUGGCUUUGGGAAUGCUGGUGUCUCGUGGCUCUGAGAGCCUCGGAGCGGAAAUUGCAUUCUCGGGGCUUUAUUUGCUUUGCCUUUGUUCAGGAAGCUGAACUAAAAAGUUGUCCCAUCAGCAGCUCAGACAAGAGUGUGAAACAUCUCACUCCUGUGCCGUGGCCUGGGAUUAUUCAGUGGGUGCAAAAUCAUCAGUUCUGCUGAUCCGUGACCAGCGUGUUUAAUAAGAAAAAAUUAAACUAAUCUCCUGGUGGGCUUCCAGGAGCUGAGGAUAAA